AUGGACUACACAGCAAUUUACAACACUUAUAACCCAGCAACGUUCAGAAACACAUUUGGUGGUACUUCAGAUGAUUCGGAUAAUCAAUUCAAGUUUGUACCCAUUGAAAAUUUAUUCCAUGAUGAAGAAUUACAGAAGAGAUUAAAUAAUGAUAUGAAUAAUUUUUGUCCAGUGUUCACAUUCUUCAAUGAUGAAAAAAUACGUAAAUUAUCAAUUGAAGAACAAAAUUUCCAUAAAGCAAUGUUGAAAAAAUGGAUUAUGCUCUAUGAUUCCCUGGGUUUUAAAGUUAAUAUCCUACAUUAUAAUGAUGCUGUUAGCAAUCCCAAGAUGGAUGAAUUUGUUAAUAAAAGAAUCUUGUUUAAUAAAAACAAUCAAAUCAAUGAGAAUUAUAUGAAGUUGUUAGCUUGGGAGAAUAAAAGUUUACAGAUGGAUCCAGAAUCCGGUAUUUCUGGGUUUUAUUCAGAUUAUACAAUCUUCCCAAUGGUUGGACAUUCUUCAGUGUUGAGUGACCUAAGGCUUACAUGUAAAGAUUUCCAAGGCUUUACAUUGUUUGAAGAUUAUGAUUUCCAAUUGAUUACAUCUGAUUCAUCUUCAAUUUCUAAAAUUUUGGAUUCGUUGAUUUCUAAAAAUAGAGAUUUCGAGAUUUUGGAAACUGAUAAAUUUAAUAGCAUAUUUGCAGAUUAUUCAUUGAAAACUUUUGCCAAAUUGUUGAAUAACAAAAACAUCAAAACUUUAGUGGAGAAAAUACCCAAGAUUUUGGAUCAACAUUUAAGAGCAUAUAGAUUAACAAACAGGUUUUCCAAAAUUAAUAUUGUGGAUCCAUUAGCAUUAUCAGAUCAUUAUUUCUUCAGACCAAUUUUUUCAAUCUUGAGGACAUUAACAAAAUGUGAAGAAUUUAUAAUAACACCACCAACUAAACAUUUUUUGAAAAAUUUUGAAAAAAAUUUAAAAGAAAGAUUACCAGAUCCAAUCACACCAGAUUCUGAUUUAGAAUAUGUCACCAGGAUGGAUAAAUUAUUGGAGGAAUUGUAUUCAAGUUCAAAAACAGCAACAAGAAACAUGUGUUCAAAUGAUUUAGAAGUGGAAAUUACAAAUGAAUUGAAUUUUGAUUCAAAAGCAUUAAAUUUGAUUUCAAUUCCUCAUCCAAUUUCUGUUCUUUCUGCAUUGAAAUAUAAUCAGAAAAAUGUCUUUAUAAGUGAAGAAAUUGUUUCAAUUGAACAAAAUAAUUUCUUAACUACACUAUUAUCUAAAAAUUUUAAAAACAUUGAAGAUCUUUACAACAUUAUUAAAAACAUUGAUUUGAAUUAUUAUUUUUUCAAUUUUGAAACAAUGACACCAGAUUCAUUAAGACAUGAAUUAUCAAUUAUUUUAGGGUUUGAACUGGACAAAAUUACAGAUAGUUCACCGGUUCGUUAUAAUGAUGCUUCGAAAUUCCUGAAUGAAAUAGUUGAUGAAAAUAUGAUAUUAUCACAAGGUGAAUUAAUGAGGAAAUUAGAUAAUGUUAAACAAUUGGUUUCAAAAUAUGGUGAACCAAUGUCUUAUGUUAUUAAUCAAAGACAAUCAAAUUCUAAAAUUCAAGAAUUAAGAGAUCGUUUGAAAAAUUGGAAUCAAUUGGAAAAACCAACAGAUCCGGCAAAGAUUUUAGAAACUCAACAUUUUGAAUCAAGACAUGAUCCGAUUGUGGAAAUUUCUGAAAAUUAUAAUAAAUUAGAUUCAUCAAUAUGGCACCUUGUUAAAAAUGUUCGAUUUAUUGAUGAUAUGAAAUUUAAGGAGUUGACAAAUAUUGGGAUUACUAAAUUCAAUAAUUUAUAG